GUUUACCUCUUGAGUAAUUUAACUGUCUCUUCUUAAUUACAAUACAAUGGUCGUACGUUUUACAUCAGAAAAAGAAUUUCUUUCAUUUCUGUUUAGUUUUUCAUGGUGGCUGGGUGGGUCAAAAGGUGAAAAAAGUGAAAGCUUCAAAAAAUAAUAAUUUUUAAAAGCAAGUGUAUAAGAAAAGCAAAAAAAUUAAAUAAAAAAAAAUUUCCCAAAAAACGAAAUAAAAAGUAUUUAUUAUUAUUGAAAUUAAUUAUUGAUUAUUUAAUCUUUGGGAUCGUAUGCUUGUUCGUGAGUGCCGGUUAUCGCUAUUUACAUCUAUCAGUGUGGGAUUUCAGAGAAAAAUUAUUUUAAAAUGGCAACUAUAGUCAGAGCUGUUGUGCAAGGAUAUCGAUAUUUGAAUGAUGAAGUGUCAGAUCCGAGAACACAGGACUGGUUUCUUAUGAGAACACCGUGGCCAGGGCUGGCAUUAUUGGGAUUUUAUCUCCACUUUGUGUUCAAUGUUGGACCAAGAUUCAUGGCAAAUAAAACUCCUUACCAACUUGACAGGAUAAUGCAAAUAUAUAAUGUUGUGCAAGUUACUCUUAGUUCAUUUCUCUUUUAUAAAGCGCUUGCCUUAGCUUGGUUGUGGGAUUACAAAUUCGCUUGCGAGCCAGUGGAUUUUUCAAAUGAUCCUAAAGCUCUAGAGAUAGCCGGAACAGUAUGGCUUUAUUUUAUCGUAAAAAUAAUCGAUCUUUUCGACACUGUCUUCUUCGUACUUCGAAAAAAGUACAAUCAAAUAUCGUUCCUUCACGUAUAUCAUCAUACUGGAAUGGUAAUUGGAGCCUGGGGUGCAGUUAAGUAUCUUCCCGGGGGCCAUAUUACGUUUUUAGGUCUAAUUAAUUCAUUCGUCCAUAUCGUCAUGUAUAGUCAUUAUUUGGCAACGUCUUUAAAACUUGGUAAGCCCUGGUGGAAGAAGUACAUCACUCAACUCCAAUUGGUCCAAUUCGUCUUUAUUCUGUUCCACUUCGCACAACUUGCUUGGGUGAAAAAUUGUGCAUUUCCAAGAUGGCCAGCUGCUAUUAUGGUUCCACAAAAUCUUUUCAUGAUUGUCCUUUUUGGCGAUUUUUAUUAUAAAACUUACAUUAAGAAACGUAUCGCUAAAAAUGCUGGACAAAAUGGAUUUUCCAAACACUUGUCUAAUGGAAAAUCCAAACAUCAGUAACACUCAAUCGAAAUUUGACAUUUCCAUUUUUGACGUUCGAGAUUUUUCAUCGAUCGUGAAAAAUUAAUUAUAGAAUAAGGGGCAUUUCACAAAUUACAUAAGUUUUAUUUUCGGAUUUAUAAAUAAUUAUAAGCAAUUACAAUAGGCAAACAUUAGCGCCAUUUUUUAAUGAUCGUUAGAAAAUCCUCCCUCCCCUUAAAACCUUACGUAAUUUGUGUAUGGACCCUAAGACCGGAAAAGAUAGAAGACCGAAAAUUUUUUUUUCUGUCAAGUUGAAACAGUCGCAAAGAGACUAACGAAGAGAAUAUGUUGCUUUUCAGUUAGAUCAGAAAAAACAGUUUUAAUGUUUUUCCUAAUUAUUCUUAAAAUUCCGAAUUUCUAACUAGAUAGCACGUUAUAUUUUGUAAAUAUUGCUGCAAUAUUAAUAUGUCAUUUCCCAAAAAUAUCACUUACAUCUUAAGACUUUAAAUCACCCACGUGUUAAAAUUCUUGGGAAUUUUCGAUCAAAAAUUCUAAUAGGAAAAUCCGACGGAAUUGCAAUCGGAAAUUUUAAUUAUUUUAUUUUAAAAGUUAAAAUAAUUAUUUUUUCAUUUAACAAAUAAUUUUCCUCGUAAUCAGGAGUCAUUUAGAAUAUCAUUCUCGAAGAUUUUUUUAUUCCUUUUGACAAACCAAGUCAUCCGGAUACACAGAAAAAACCUAGUCUCAUUUUUGUUGCAGUUCAAAAUGAGUCAAUGCUAAAGGACAUAGAAAGUGGCGCCACCUUCCUGACUCAUUUUGAGACCAGGUUUUUUCUGUGAAAUAAGUUUUAUCACCCCUAUGACUUUGUUUGACAAAAGGAACAAAAAAUCCUCCAGAUAGUUGUUCCACUGAUUCCUGGUCAGCAGGAUGAUUAUUUUUAUCAUCCUGAUAAAUUGUCAAAAGGAAUAAAACACCUCGAGGACGAUAUUCCAUUGACUCUUGGUCAGAAGGAUGAUGCCUCAUAUCAUCUAGAUGAUUUGGUUUGUCAAAAGGAACAAAACAUCCUCAAGGAUGAUGUUCCAAAUGACUCCUUAUCAUCCGGUAAAUUGUUUGUUUAAUGAAUCCCUGGCGGAUUGUAUGAUGCGAAUGCUCCACGAAAUUGGAGGAGCAUUCGUGGAGCACCCCUACCGAAAGAGUGGUACUGGAAUGGUACUGAAUUGGACUUGGCUUGAGUUCCACUUCAGUACCACUACCUGAUAACCCAUAAGAAGACAUUUUUAAAGUACUUUAACAAUAGUUUUAAAGGUAUGUUAGAACACCAAAACAUCUCUCACGAUAUCCGUUUAAAACAGCAAAAAAAACAUAAUAGUUUGUAGAAAAUUUCAGUUAAGUUUGGAAAUUAUAUUGCAAUCCCUCCUUGAACAAUAGAACCCUAGGUCCUUUGUUGAAGGAUUAUAAUUUUAAUCCGAGUUUUAUUGCUUAAAAAAUUUGUUAUUUUAAUAACUCAACUUAAAAAAAUAUUUAUUGAGAUUCGUUAAUAUUUCCAGAUUAUGAAUAUCUAAAAUUUAUCAUAAAAUAAUUACAUUUAAAAAAGUUGUAAUUUAUCACGUAUACCUUAAGUUUGAUUAAAAAAAGGGACAUCAUUUUUGAAUUUAGCUGCCAAAGGAAAUAUCAUAUGCAUAAUAAUGUAUGAAAAUAAUAUAAAUCCAUGAAAAACAAAUAUAAUAUUGAAAUAAAUAUAAAGUAUUAGUUUAAACAUAUUGAAAAAGCUAGUCGCUUUUCACUUUUAUGAGGGUAUUAACGGUAACUCGACCCUUUUCGCAGGUAAAUUUCCCAGUUCCAUUUCAGUACCAAAAUGAACUAAAUUAGUACUGAGUUGGUAUUGAGAUCUCAGUUCCAAUUUCCCAGUACCAAUCCAGUAGCACCCUUCCGAUAGGAACGAGAUAGAAAUUUUAUCUAAAAUGUAUAAAAAUGAUGAAAUUGAUAAUAUAAUUAUUAAAAUCAAUAAGUUUUAUGCAUUUUAAGAUGAGUAUUGUUGAAUAAUUAUAAAAUUUUUAUGUUUUUAUUAAUUUCAAUAUAUUGCAGUUGAUUGUCAACAUUUGUCGAUAAGAUCAAUAGAGCCGCGCUUUUUAGCAGGAAGGUGGCAGCACUCUUAUUUUCUUUUCUUUACAUUUUUUCCAUAUUUUUUUUAUCAAGAGCAAAAUUAUUUGUUCAACGGAAAUAUUAGUAAAAAAAUGUAUUAUUUUAUUUAAAAAAAUUAAUAUUUUAUUUUAAAAAAUUAAUAUUUUAUUUUAAAAAAUUAAUAUUUCAUUUUAAAAAAUUAAUAUUUUAACAAAAAAAUAUUAUUGGUAUAAAAAAAUAAAUUUUAUUUAUCAAAAAAAAAAUUUGAAAAAAAUUCAUUUUAAACGUAAGGGAGAGUCGGUAGUGGCGAGACACGUUUUGUUUUUUUGUUAUAGCACUCACAUUUUCAAGAACAUCAAGUCUGUAUAUAUAUCCAUGGACAGGUGUGACUCUAUACUGCAAAUUUAACUUAUACAGUUACAGAACAGAUAUUGGAAAAAAAAGUUAUUGCCGAUUUACGAUAAUGUCUCGCGACUACCGACAUAAAAAAUCGUCCGUAGUGGCGAGACACUAUAUCUUAAAAUCAGAGUCUUCAUCGUUCAAACGUAACAAAAAACAAAGGAAUCAAAGAGAAAGAGUAUAAUAAUUGAAGCCUUUAAAUCAUAAUAUUGUUUCAUUCAAUCAUAAAAAUACAGGCAAAUAUUUUUCUGAUUGUGAGCCGCUAAUCCAUGUCACAGUUAUUAAAAACAAAUAAGCUUUUCUUCCUGUUCAUCUUUUUCAAUUUAAACUAUAGUUAUGAAAAAUAUUGUCGACAAAACGUACAAAAAUUAUAUCAAAUUCAUUAGGACAUGUACAAUAUUAUUAGAUAUAAAAAGCCACUGCCGACAACAAGUGUCUCGCCAAUGCGGAAACAGCAUUUUUCGGUAAUGACGAUGUACAAUCCUAUGCAUCGAACAAUAAUUCAUAGUGCUCUGGAAAUUUUGAAGGAAACUUAAAUACUAAAGACUCAAAACAUUUAACCCUUCAGAAAAUUCCGGAAAUUUUUAUAUAUUAUCACUUAUACCGAUGGGAAAUAAAACUUUUAAAAUAUCUUGAAACUGUUAUUAACAGUAUAGCGAUAUUUCGUACAUCAAAAACGUAUGCAUCAUAUUGAAAAGUUAAAGCACAAUAAAACUUGUCUUUCAGGCCAGAAGUGCCAGCACAGUCAGUUCAGCUGUCUGAAAUAUCCUAAUGUCUCGCCACACAGGCUGUCUCGCCACUGCGGAUAACGCCCUAAAUAAUAGUGAAAAAAACUGUAUUAGGGUCAGUUUGGGUAAAUGGGGACAAAAUCGUUAUUUUUUACAAAUUACAUAAGUUUCUUUCAUUAAAAGGUAAUAAUUGCGGGUUUAUAUUUUUUUAAGUUGUUAUUUACAUUCCCAGGAUUAAUUUUAUGCUCCAGAAAAAUGUUUAGAUAAGCUUCAAACGCAUGAAACUGACUGUCCCCAUUUACCCAAAAAUUUAGAAAAUUUCAUAAAAUUUGGAGUAAAUGGGGACAGCAUAGUUUCUAAGAAAGUUUUGAGAAAAAAAUAAGAGUGCUGCCACCUACCUGCUAAAAAACGCGGCUCUAUUGAUUUUAGCGACAAAUGUUGACAAUGACCUGCAAUAAAUUGAAAUUAAUAAAAACAUAACAAAUUUUAUAAUUAUUCAACAAUACUCAUCUUAAAAUGUAUAAAACUUAUUGAUUUUAAUAAUUAUAUUAUCAAUUUCAUCAUUUUUAUACGUUUUAGAUAAAAUUAAUUUUAAACGUAAAUAAUGGUGAAAAAAAUGUAUUAGGUAUUUCAUCAAAAAAAUUGAUUUAUUAGUAAUAACAAGGAGGGGGUUCUUUAUGUUUAUUUCAUAAACAUUAUGCUUCCUCAUUGUGUGAAGCAAAAAAUUCGCUUCCUCGUGAAGGAAGCAAUGAAUUUGUCCAAUUCAAUUGAUUGAUUUAAAAAAUUUCGAGUUAAAAAUGUUUUAAAUUAAUUAAAUUUUUUGAAAAAUAAAGAAAAUUUUAAUUAAUUUUGAGUGUAACAUAAACUUUAUAUAUACGAAUCGAUUCGUUUUAAUGCAAGGAAUACAAUUAUUUUAUUCAUCAACUUGUAUUUAAAAAAAAACACAAAAUUUUUUAGCUAAAAUAUGAAUUUUCGAUUUUUCAAUAAUUGUAUUCCUUGCAUUAAAACGAAUCGAUUCGUAUAUAUAAAGUUUAUGUUACACUUAAAAUUAAUUAAAACUUUCUUUAUUUUUCAAAAAAUUUAAUUAAUUUAAAACAUUUUUAACUCGAAAUUUUUUAAAUCAAUCAAUUGAAUUGGACAAAUUCAUUGCUUCCUUCACGAGGAAGCGAAUUUUUUGCUUCACACAAUGAGGAAGCAUAAUGUUUAUGAAAUAAACAUAAAGGACCCCCUCCUUGUUUACUAAUAUUUCCGUUAAACAAAUAAUUUUGCUUUUGAUAAAAAAAAUAUGGAAAAAAUGUAAAGAAAAGAAAAUAAGAGUGCUGCCACCUUCCUGCUAAAAAGCACGGCUCUAUUGAUUGACUCUAUGUUGACUCUAUCGGCUUUAUGUUGACAAUCAACUGCAAUAUAUUGAAAUUAAUAAAAACAUACAAAAAUUUUUAAUUAUUCAACAUUACUCAUCUUAAAAUGCAUAAAACUUUUUGAUUUUAAUAAUUAUAUUAUCAAUUUCAUCAUUUUUAUACAUUUUAGAUAAAAUUUCGAUCUCGUGCUCCACGAAUGCUCCUCCAAUUUCGUGGAGCAUUUGCAUCAUACAAUCCGCUAGGGAAGAAAUAAUUUUUUCAAUUUUUCAAAUGAAAAUAAAAGUUAACUAUAAUUCAUAAAUAAUUAAGCAAAUAGAAAUAAUUAGUCAAUUGUUGUCUAUAUAUUAUAAAUAUAAAACAGUUCACUGUAUUAUUAAAUUUAAACAAUGAACAAUUCGUUAAAUUUGUAUCCCUGUACAAAGCUCGUCUGUUGAGUAAAUUUGGAUAGAAGUUGGUGCAGCCAAGUUUGAAGGUUGCAUACAUCCAGGUGUCAGAAAUAAGAUUUGUCAAAUUGUAAGUUUAAGAAUGCCCACUGGUAUAAAAAGUAAACUUAAUACUUUUUAUAAAAAAUUCUACUAACUAUAUUCAAGAAAUAUUCAGGAAAGUUUCAAAAUAAAAUUGAAAAAUGUUUAUUCACAAAAAUGCAAUCCUUGUAUUAUUCAAAUUUUUGAGCUUGGCUGAGUCAAAUUUUGUCAAAUUUUAUUCAAGAAAACGAAAUGUCUAAUGCAAAGACAAGUUUGAAUUAUUUUUAAAUUGGAAAAUUUGUUAAUAAUAUUUUUUUUUCGUUUUUUUUUUGAAUUACGUCAGACACGCAAUUUCAUAAAAAUGGCUCAUUUAUUUCCUUCAUCUUUUUAGUAAACCUGAUCUUCUACAACUAUUAAAAUGUAAUCAACAUCGAAAUACCAUUUCGCUUUAUCUUCAAGUCAUCAUAUAUUUAAAAUUACUUGUCAUUUCUCACACUUGUAACAUACAUAUAUAAUAAUGACAUUAACAGUAAUUGCAAUCUUCGUCACAAUGCACAUAUAUUUUUCAUUCUAGUUUACAAUUUGUCCCAUAUAUUUAAAUUUUCUAGCAUUACUACGUCUACAAUAGAAAUUUCCGUAAAAUUUAUUUAAAAAAAAGUUUUCAUAUUAAUAUCAUAUUUUGCUUGAAUAUUUUCAUUACAUUUUAUAUCAAUUAUGAAUUAAAUAAUUAAUUUCAAAGAGAACUAAAGUUUACUUACAUCAACUAUGUACAGAAAUAUAUAGAAAAUUAGUAAAUCCUUUAAUUUUAACCACCAUCUGACUUAUUAACAGAUCUUUUACCUAAGAUAUAUAACUUAAUCAUUUAAAAUAUUUCACC